UGUGUGAGAGAGAUUCUUAUUAUUUGAUCAGCUAGGUAUGUAACUUCACUCUGAAACACCACUGCGAUGAGGGGCGGGGUCACUUUGGGAGGCUGGAUCGGUGUGCCAAUGGAGAGUUGUGUAGGGGAGGGGCCAAGUCCGGAAGAUGAGUGACCGCAUCAAUACUGCUGUAGCGAGCUGGCGUCGUUGGCAACUUCUGCACUUUGCCCUGUCCGACUGUGGCUUCACCGGCCCCGCAUUGUUUUUCUCAUUUCCUCGUGAUGGACGAAACGAGUCCUCUCAUUUCUCCUCUCCGGGAAUCUGGCGACCUCAGUCGUUCUCAGUCCGAAUCCAGUUCGCGGCAGGACGUCUUAGACUGCGUACCCGGCUCCGCAGUUCGCGUUCCCCCAGGGAGUCCUGGAGGCAGUCGUGAGAGAGAACCACUACUUGACAGGGACAGUUCUCCGCGAGAUUUCCAUCGGAACGAGUUUAACGACGACCCGGAGUUCCGAGAGUUCGUGAGGAAAGCGGAACAUGCCAUCGAGGAGGGCAUCUUCCCGGAGAGAAUCUCGCAAGGUUCCAGCGGCAGUUACUUCGUCCGAGAUGUUCACGGGAGGAUCAUAGGUGUGUUUAAGCCUAAGACGGAGGAGCCGUACGGCCAGCUCAACCCCAAAUGGACCAAGUGGAUCCAGAAGCUCUGCUGCCCCUGCUUCUUCGGCCGGGACUGUCUGGUGCUCAACCAGGGCUACCUCUCAGAGGCAGGGGCCAGCCUGGUGGACCAGAGACUCUCACUCAACAUCGUCCCCAAGACCAAGGUGGUGUAUCUGGCCAGUGAGACCUUUCACUACAGUGCCAUAGACCGGGUGAAGUCCAAAGGUAAGCGGCUGGCCAUGGAGAAAGUGCCCAAAGUCGGACAGCGAUUCCACAGAAUAGGACUGCCCCCAAAGGUGGGCUCUUUCCAGCUGUUCGUGGAGGGCCACAAAGAUGCAGAUUAUUGGCUGAGACGCUUUGAGGCGGAACCUCUGCCUGAGAACACCAAUCGGCAGCUGCAGCUGCAUUUUGAGCGACUGGUAGUGCUCGAUUACAUCAUAAGAAACACAGACCGGGGGAAUGAUAACUGGCUGAUCAAAUAUGACUGGCCAAUAGACAAGGGAGAAAAUAAGGAAACAGAAUGGGUGAUGGUCAAGGAGCCGAUCAUAAAACUGGCAGCGAUAGACAACGGCCUGGCAUUCCCCCUUAAACACCCAGAUUCAUGGAGGGCGUACCCGUUCUACUGGGCAUGGCUGGCCCAGGCUAAAGUGCCCUUCUCCCAGGACAUCAGAGACCUGGUUCUGCCCAAGCUCACUGAUCCAGCCUUCACCCGGGACCUGGAGGAGGACCUCUACGAGCUCUUUAAGAAGGACCCAGGGUUUGACAGAGGGCAGUUACACAAGCAGUUAGCAGUAAUGAGAGGACAGAUCCUGAAUCUCACCCAGGCUCUUAAGGAGGAGAGGUCUCCGCUUCAGCUGGUACAGAUGCCCCCUGUUGUCGUGGAGACGAAGCGGGCCCCGCAGAGAGAAGACAUCCAGUCUUACACACCGUCUCACACACACUCUCAGACAGACACAGAAGACAACAUGUCAUACACACACAGCACACAAAGCAGAAAGCCCUUCUUCAGCUGGUGGUGAGAGCAAGAGAAAGGAGGAGGAGACGACACACACACACACACACACACACACACACACACAGGACUUACCUUUUAUUUAUUCAUUUCUGGACUGAGAUAUCCAGGGUGUGUGUGUGCGUGUGUGAGUGUGUGUUUGAGAGGGCAUCCACAUGACAGCGGUGGAAACCAAUGACUGUCUAUAGAGAUGGACGGCGUGUCGCAAGGGAAGUGAACAGUGAAGCAAGCGCAGGUCUAGCGCCCCCUGCUGGCAACAACGUGUAACGCUGCCCAUCCCCAUGUUAUUGUCCACGCCACCUUUCUCGUCUUAACUGCCUUUCCAUUUACAGUGUCUAAUUAAAACAGUUAGUUUCCCCCUAUGUUGAUGUCUGCACAUUUUUAUUUUCCCCCAGAAAUGAGUUGUCAAAAUAUGAUUGUAAUAUGUAGUAAGGAGGCGUGGAUACACCUGGGAAUAAAGUGACUGACGGCCUACGCCAGAUGGAACCAGCUGCAGUACAUGCUUCUCGGACAUUAUGUGGAGCGUAGGAGCUGAGUUUGUUGUCAAGUUGCCAGGUAACCUAGUUUAACCGUGUGUGUGUGUGUGUGUGUGUGUGUGUGUGAGUGUGUGUGUUGUUGUCGAGUUGCCAGGCAAUUUAGUUUAACCUACCUACCAUUGUUUUAUCAUGUCUUGUGACUUCAAUUUAGAGGCUUUGGCAUAAUGUCCUGUUGUGCUGUUGGUUGUAGGAACAGACACUCUGUGGAUAAACGUUAGCCAAAGACCCAGCAGAGAUCACAAUGCAAUCUAUUAAUGUUGUGAGAACAGAUGAUAAAGAUAUGUGUGUGUGUGUGUGUGUGUGUGUGUGAGAGAGAGUCUGAGAACAGAUGAUGAAGAAUAAGAAAACAGCAAGGGCAGGAAUUUCACCAGUAGCACGACGGCCAUGGCCAACCUUUUCUGGCCUUGGUGCCCUUGAGAAUAUUGCAUGUUUCGUGGCAACUGUGCCCUUGUGAAUAUCGCAUUGUGUGUGUUUGUGUGUGUGUGAGAGAGAGUGUGAGUGUGUGUGUGUGUGUGUGUGUCGUGUUUUGUGACGCGAAUCAUUUGGAAAAUGAAAAGAAAAACACUGUUUUCAGAAAACGUUGUUGUCAUGUGGACGAUGACAUGAGUCAAUGUGAAUGUGUGUGUCCUCAUAGAAAGACCUGCUGAGUGUGUGAACAAGACGGACUGCAUGCAAAGGAAGUGUAUGUGGGGGGUAGGACAGUUUUAAUUCAUUUAAACUGAUGUGUGUGUGCGGGGGGGUGCCAAUCUGUGCCACAUGUAUUCAUGUCAUUAAAUCUACAUGAAAUGGUAA